AUGCUAAAGAAAACCCGGGAAAUCGUAUGGGGCGUCAAGCCGUCUAACCCGGUGGAGGCUCGGCUUCUUGUGAAGAUCGACUGGUUUGUGCUUUCCUUUGCAUGUCUUCUAUACUGGGUGAAUUACUUGGAUAGACUCAACUUGAGUAAUGCUUAUGUUAGUGGCAUGAAGGAGGACCUCGAGAUGCACGGCAAUGAGCUUAAUAUCAUCAAUACGUGCUUUAGUGUGGGUUACAUUGUGGCGCUUAUUCCACAUAACUUGAUUUUGCUAAAGGUUAGGCCUCGUAUAUGGCUCUCGUUCUGUGCGUUGGCUUGGGGCUUUUUGACGUUUGCUAUGGCUUGGGUCCAUAGUUAUAAGGCAUUGUGUGCUAUACGGUUCUUCCAGGCAACGUUGGAGGCGCUGACGUUUAGUGGGUGUCACCUCUUGUUGGCAUCGUGGUAUACGGAAACAGAGCUUGGGAAGCGAACUGCGGUAUUCACUUCGGCUGGUCUUAUAGGUAAUAUCUUUUCGCUGACGAUGCAAGCUGCUAUUUAUGAGAAUAUGGAUGAUGUUGCUGGUCUUGCGGGCUGGCGGUGGUUGUUUAUUGUGGAUUUCCUUAUUACAGUACCUAUAUCUGUCUACGGCUUCUUUUGUUUCCCUGACACUCCAGAAACCAGUAAAGCGUUUUACUUUAGCGAGGAGGAACGGAUGUUGGCCAGGUCAAGGCUUAAAAAGCGGCCCAAGACGACCUUUGACUGGUCCAUAUUCAAGCGUGUGGUGAGCAGAUGGCAUUGGUGGUUCUUCUCCUUCUUUUGGGUCCUCGGUGGAGAGAACGAGUCGUAUGCAACCAAUUCGCUCUUUGCUUUAUGGCUUCAGUAUUUUGACUAUUCUGUCGCUGACCGUAACCACUUUCCAAUGGGCGUAUAUGCUGUUGGUGUUUUGGCAAACUUUGUGUGCUGCUGGUACAUUGACGCUACGAAUGCUAAGCACCAUCAUCGGGCUGCCAUCCUUAUUGGUGUGAUCAUGAUUAUAUCCUCCAUUUUACUACUCACUCAUCCAUUAUCGCCAACAUAUGUGUUUGUAGCCCAUUAUCUAAGUGGCUUUUCCUAUGCUGGUCAACCGGUUUUCUUCUCAUGGGCCAAUGUGGUGUGCUAUAAUGACCUCGAAGAACGUGCAGUUGUUUUGGCGUCCAUGAACAUGUUCAGCAACGCCGUGAAUGCUUGGUGGCUGCUUUUAUUCUACGGUGCUUCCACUGCGCCGUAUUUCACCAAAGGUAAGUGGGCAAUGAUCGCCACUUCAAUCGCCAGUAUAAUUUUGGCCAUUGUGAUGAGACGCUUGCAAAUACGUGAUAUAAGAAGAGAAGAGAAACUCGAUGAAUCGUCUCUGUCAGACAGCUACAAGCUCAACUGA